CAUAAAAUUAAUAAAAUGUUGAGUGUGACGAAAUGUUUGGGAAAAAUUGCACAGAUUGCUAGUGUGCAGCAACGCAGUGUCUUACAAAGUGCAUCAUGUUUAUUCCAUGCCACUUCUAGUCUACAACAACCCAGCAAAAAGACAAAACUUGAACUCAAACGCCGCUUAAAGGCUGAGCAAAAAGCCAAAGAAAAGGCCGAAAAGGAUGCCAUUAAAGUGGCAGCGGCUCCCGCUGCUGGCGCUGAUGGUAAAAAGAAAUCAACAGCUGCCUCUGAGGAAGAAAUCUCACCCAAUGAGUAUUUCAAAUUGCGUACAGCGGCUGUGGCUGAAUUGAAAAAAUCUCCCGAAUCAGAUCCCUAUCCCCACAAGUUUCAUGUCAGUAUUUCUUUAGAGAACUAUAUUAAUAAAUAUGCUAAUCUUAAGGAGGGUGAGAUGUUGGAAAAUGAACAAUUAAGCAUUGCUGGCCGUGUACAUGCCAUACGCGAAUCUGGUGCCAAAUUGAUUUUCUACGAUUUACGCGGCGAAGGUGUUAAACUUCAAGUUAUGGCCAAUGCUAAAUUGUACAAAAGCGAACAGGAUUUCGAAGUUGAUACUGGUAAAAUUAGACGUGGUGAUAUUAUUGGCAUUAAUGGUUUCCCUGCCAAAACUAAAAAGGGUGAAUUAUCAAUUGUUCCCAAAGAGAUCAAAUUGUUAUCGCCCUGUUUGCAUAUGUUGCCCCAUUUGCACUUUGGUUUAAAGGAUAAGGAGACUCGUUUCCGUCAGCGUUAUUUGGAUUUAAUAUUGAAUAACAAAGUUCGUGAAACUUUCCAAAUUCGUGCCAAGAUCAUUUCUUACGUACGUCAAUUUUUGGAUCGCAUGGGUUUUCUUGAAAUCGAAACACCCAUGAUGAAUAUGAUUGCUGGCGGUGCUACAGCAAAACCAUUCGUAACUCAUCACAACGACUUAAACAUGGAUCUCUAUAUGCGUAUUGCUCCCGAGUUGUAUCACAAAAUGUUGGUUGUGGGCGGCUUGGAUCGUGUGUACGAAAUCGGUCGUCAAUUCCGUAACGAAGGCAUCGAUUUAACCCACAAUCCCGAAUUCACAACAUGUGAAUUCUAUAUGGCUUAUGCCGAUUAUCAUGAUCUAAUCGAAAUGACCGAACAAAUGGUGUCGGGUAUGGUCAAGGCCAUACAUGGUACCUACAAAAUUAAAUACCACCCAGAAGGUCCCGAGGGACCCGAAGAGGAAAUCGAUUUCACACCACCCUUCCGAAGGGUAAGCAUGAUUGAGACCUUGGAGGAGAAAUUAAAUGUCAAAUUCCCCUCAGCCACCACACUAAACACUAAGGAGACCAACGAGUUCCUGUCACAAUUGUGUGCUAAACAUAAUGUGGAAUGCCCUGCACCCAGAACAACUGCACGUUUGUUAGAUAAAUUGGUGGGAGAAUUUAUUGAGGAGACUUGUAUUAAUCCUACCUUUAUUUGUGAACAUCCACAAAUUAUGUCGCCUCUGGCUAAAUAUCAUCGUAGUGUUCCCGGUCUAACUGAACGUUUUGAAUUGUUUGUUAUGAAAAAGGAGGUGUGUAAUGCAUAUACCGAAUUGAAUGAUCCCAUGGUGCAAAGGGAACGUUUUGAACAACAAGCCAGUGAUAAGGCAGCCGGUGAUGAUGAAGCUCAGCUGGUAGAUGAGAACUUCUGUACGGCCUUGGAAUAUGGUUUGCCACCCACUGGUGGUUGGGGUAUGGGUAUUGAUAGAUUAACUAUGUUCCUUACAGAUGCCAAUAACAUUAAGGAAGUUUUAUUGUUCCCUGCCAUGAAGCCCGAUGAUCCCAAUCGUGUCCAUCCUGCGGAACUAAAUUCAGAAGAACAGAAACAAUAAAUAUUGUUGAAAACUUUAGCUGGUUACUAUUAGAAAUUACUUUAAUCUAUAAUUUAUUUAAAGUGUUUCUCUCCCUUUAAUUUACGCAGUAACACACUUCCUCUCUAUAAGUUUUAUAAUUUAUUUGUCAAGUUAAAUUCUGUUCUGUAGCAGAAAAUCUGUUGAAACAAGUAAAAAAAAGCUCUGCAUUUUAUAAAUUUUAAAAAGAAAUUUAUAAAUAAACAAAAUAAAAAGUUUCCAUAACAAUCUUGGAAUAUACUCAAAAGAUUUAAGAAA